AUGGAACAUUUCGAAUUAAAAACAGACAGGAAACCAAAGCUUUCGGAUAACAUUUUAGAACUUAAGUUUAUGCAAAGGCAGCAAGAAAAAGCUUUGCGUGAAAAAUUGGAAAGAGAACGUUCUAGAGCCCUUGGAGAAUCUCAGUGGAUUGCUUUUUACGAUGAACUUGAAGUUGGAAAACCUUAUCUAUCUUUUGCGACACCUGAAGUAGGAAACGGAAGAUUGUCUUUUGGACGUUCCAAAAAAGUUAAUAAGAAAAGAGCUCCGACUAAUAUAACAACAAUAGAAGAAUCAAAUGGAUCUUCAUCAAGAAGCUCUAUAAAAAGAGCGAACAGUAUACAGGUUAAUAAUAAGCGAAAAUACGAAUAUAUCCAGGAUACAACUUUAAAAAACUCAAAGAGAACCUAUGAACUAGAAGAUAAGACUUUGAGUAAAAACUCGAAAUAUGAACUAGAAUUAGGUGAAAUUGAAGAGGAUUUUGAAGCAUUGGAAAAGUUUGAAAAGGUUGAAGAAUUAGAAAAAUUAGAAGAAUUGGGAGAAGAAUUGGAAGAAGGAGAAAUUCCACAAAAGAUUACAAAACUUGACAGUAGCGAAUUUAAAAGAAGAUCUAUUGGAUUUUUGAAACCACCAGAAUAA